CAAAAGAAACAAUUCAAAUUAAAAAACCGUCUUCAACUGCCUAGUUCGUGGGAUAAAACCGUUCAAAAUUCUAGAGUAAUAAAUACCAAUUCACGACAUGCAAUAAAGUUCUUCACACCAAGUUUUUCAAAAAAUUUCUAGAUCCGAAAGCAGGAGAGAGAAGAGGGAGAAAGCGAAGUCGAUUUUCGCACUGAGUUUGUUCGAUUUUCAGGUAAAAUUUGCUUUCUUUUUCGAUUUCCUUGUAGAUUUUUGUAAGUGAGAUGGGUAGAUCUAAGUCGGUUGUAGCGAGAGGAAAGGGGGAGUCGGGUUCCACUCGGGUUAAGUCCCUUAACCCGAUAUAUUCUACUGUGGUGGAUCCGGCGGCUUUUGUUGAACUUGCUGGUUUGCCGCCGUCGGCGGAAGUGAAGAUUCCCGGCUCGGAUGAGGAAGCCUUUGACUGUCCAGAGGGGUAUGUGGUUAUGUAUGAGUAUCCGUUCACAAUUGGCUUCAAAUUUCCUUUCACUCCUCUAGUUAGGUCCUUUAUCGAGGUUUUCCAUUUGAGUCCGGGUCAGUUGAUGCCCCAGAUAUGGCGGGUUUUCACGGUGGUGCAUGGAGUUACUGCGAACUGGCGUACGCCGUUUGACCUGUCUGAUUUGAUGUACUCUUACGACCUAGCACUGCAGAAGUGUUGUAGGUAUACCUUGGUUACGAAGAAGGGGAAGACGAACUUAGGUGUUGGUUUAGGUGUGAACGACAGGGGUUGGCAGAGUCGUUUUGUCUUUGUAGGCAAAGAUUCUCUGGGAGAUAAAGGGCGGUUUCUGGUCGAGGGAUGGACGACGGAAGGUAAAUGUGUCGUUUUAUCUUUGUUUCUCGUCGUUUUACUGAACGUCGCCUUACUUGGUUUUGUUUUGCAGUUGUCAAGGCGUCGUCGUUGACUGAGUUGAACGCUGAUUCUGAGGAUAAGUAUCGGAAGUUCUUGGGUUAUUCUGUCGAGGAUAGGUCUUUCAGUCGCGACGGAGAGUUUUUAGACGAGCAGGAGGUGGACCGGUCAGGCGACGUCGCCGAGGAGGAGGAGAUAGACGAGGGAUCAGGUCAACUGACUCGUCGUCGGAAAAGGUUGGAUUUGCUUGAGGAGGUAGUGGCAAACUCGUCGUCCGCCGAAGGUGAAGUAGGUGAUAUGGCUGACAACUCAGAGCAUACUCUUUCGUCUCGGCCUGUGUCGAGGAUGUCUCAGAGCGAGAUUCAGGAGCGUGCAAGGAAGCGACUGAGGUCGUCCUCGACUUCUGGUGGACGAGGUAUGACGGUUGUACCUCGGUUUUCUGCGAUAGGUUCAUCGGCCGAGACGCCUGUCGUCAUAGGAGCCGAAGGCUUUCAUCCGAUUGCUUCGUCGUCGCCUCCACAGCCGUUCAAGGCGUCGUCUGCUGCUGUCGACGUUAGUAAAGUGUCUACUUCGUCGGCCAAGAAGCGACCUGUCGAGACGGAUCCUGUCGAGGAUACGGUUAUCACUUUGCCCCCAAGCUUCUUGGGUGAUGAAGAGGCGUCGGUUAUAUGGCCUUUCGCUGAUCGCUUGAUCUUGCCUACGACGUAUCGACGAUACCACGAGGUGGAUGACUAUCUGGCUAAUGGCGGUACCAUGGCUGACCUGUCGGUGCCCGUGGUGGAUUCGGAGGAGUUGGCGAAGACGGCUGACACUGCUAGUACUGAGGCGACGGAGGUGGAUGCGGCUUUGUUGGUGGUGAGUGCGCCUGUUCCGGACCAAGAGGGGGAGGUUUUAGCUGUUGGGUGCGAAGAGGGGGCCCUUGCCGUCGUUUCUCAAGACGAGACGGUGGACGUGGCGUCGGUGGAGGUGCCAGUCGUGCCCCCGGAGCAAGAGCCGGAGCAGGAAGUCGUGGUCUCUACCCAGGAAGAAGGGAUGUAAUAGUUUGUAGUUUUCGAAUUUUCUGUUGGUUUUUGUGUU